ACACUAAUUUUUUUUUUCUUAACUAUCGCAAUUUAUUUUUAUGUUUUUUUUUUUUUUUUUUUAAAUGAUUGGCACCGCUCCACACUAAAUAUCAGGUGAAGCCCCUUUUCUCCUAAUUUUCUUCCAUUGUGUUUUUUUCCCCUUCUCUCUCUCACUUUUUAACACCAAAAAAAGCUUUAUUUUUUGCUAACAAAGUCCUUGUUGUGAUAAAAAAAAAUCUUAUGUGCAAAAAUCGAGUUCCUGGAGUCAAUAAUUUGUACAGAAAAAUCAGUACUUAAUAAUUAUAAUAAGUAUGCUUUUUAAAAGGGUGUUUUUUUGCAAAAAAAGAAAAAAAAUAUUUUCUGUUAUAGGACGGUAAGUCGUCUUUACUAAAUGUGUAAUGUGUGUUAUACAAUGUUAUUGUGCAUGAAGUAGGGUCAGUAACUGAACCUUUUUAAGUUGAUUAUUCUUUUGCAAGUACAUUUUUUUUUGGUAAUAUUUGUGCUAUAUCAUUAUGUCUGCUCAUUUUAAUGAAGGGUACCUGCCAUGUAUUUUGAAGCCGGGCGUUUACUCCAAUCCGACAGGUGGCGCUGCUCAUGUGUAAUAACCGACACUUAGGCCACAAAGAAAAGAAAACACAAGCAGUCGUGUCAUUCAGGCGUUUUAUAGUUUGCGUAUCUAUCAUCUGUUUUAUAGCGUGUCGAAAUGAAUGGAUAAUUACAGUUAAAUCCUACACCGCCAUAUUGGAACGGAUGAGACUCCCCCAUAUUGGAAGGGGCAACGCAAGUCUGUUGAGAGAUGCGAUGUUCUGCUAUGGCGGUGUUUCAGAGAUUUCAGCGGCUCCAGACGCUGCAUGUUGCUCCCAGGAGGCUAAAACCACAAACCUGCAACGUGACUGUACACAAAACUGUCACGGAACGGAUCCAGCAGCGACGUGCACACAAUGCUGUCCCGACUCGGCAACCUUUCUCCCGAGUCACAUCUGAUGACCUCAGCUUCUUCAACGACCUUCUCCCAGGAAGAACUAUCACAGACCCGGACAUGUUGGAGUCCUGUAAUGUCGACUGGCUCAAGACUGUGAAAGGUAGUAGUGAGGUUCUGUUACGGCCCAAGACAACAGAAGAGGUCUCUCAGAUCCUCAGGUAUUGCAACAAGAGGAACCUGGCCGUGAGUCCUCAGGGUGGAAACACGGGGCUGGUGGGAGGAAGCGUUCCCGUGUUCGACGAGAUCAUCCUCUCCACUGCACUUAUGAACCAAGUGCUCACCUUCGACAGCAUCUUGGUUAUUUUCACAGGGAUUUUGACAUGUCAGGCGGGCUGCGUGUUGGAGAGCCUGUCUCAGUACGUGGAAGAGCGCGACUUCAUUAUGCCUUUGGAUCUGGGGGCAAAGGGCAGCUGCCACAUUGGGGGCAACGUGUCCACCAAUGCGGGCGGGCUUCGCCUACUGCGCUACGGCUCUCUCAGAGGGACAGUUCUGGGCCUGGAAGUGGUGCUGGCUGACGGCAGGGUUUUGGACUGUCUUGCGAAAUUACGAAAGGACAACACGGGCUACGAUAUGAAGCAGCUCUUCAUCGGUUCUGAGGGAACGCUUGGGGUGGUCACUGCCGUGUCCAUUCUCUGCCCUCGGAAACCCAAAUCUGUAAACGUUGCCUUCUUAGGCUGCUCGAGCUUCCAGAACCUUCUGGAGACGUUUCAGAUUUGCCGCGGGAUGCUGGGAGAAAUCCUCUCGGCGUUCGAGUUCCUAGAUGCGUCCUGCAUGAGCCUUGUGGAGAAACAUCUCAAGCUCACCAACCCCAUCGCUGAGAGUCCUUAUUACAUCGUCAUCGAGACGGCUGGAUCUAAUGCAGUGCACGACGAGGAGAAACUGCACGACUUCCUAGAAAAGGUCAUGGCGUCUUCGCUGGUUGCGGACGGUACCGUUGCGACAGAGGAGGCUAAAAUAAAGGCGCUUUGGUCUAUUAGAGAGCGGAUCACCGAGGCUCUAAGGCAUGACGGAUACACUUACAAAUACGACGUCUCUCUUCCCCUGGAGAAAAUCUACGAUCUGGUCACUGACAUGAGAGAGCAUCUGGGAAACCAAGCGAAGAACGUAGUGGGCUACGGACAUGUCGGUGACGGCAACCUUCAUUUGAAUGUCACGUCUCCCUCUAAAGACGAAGCGCUCCUGGCAGCCAUUGAGCCGUACGUGUACGAGUGGACGUGGAAGUGGCGGGGAAGCAUCAGCGCCGAACACGGCCUCGGGCUCAAGAAGAGAAACUACAUCUACUACAGUAAAUCCCAGGAAGCUGUACGCCUCAUGAGGGACUUCAAGGCCAUGCUGGACCCCAAAGGGAUUCUCAACCCGUAUAAGACACUUCCUGAUAACGUUCGCUGACUCGUGGAAACGUUUUCACGUUUUUAAUCCUGCGCUGAAAUAAAGGUAUUUUAUCAAUCUGAGAACAUGUCUUUACACGGGCCUGCUCCUUUCAGUCAUUUUAUAACCACUCCCUCACACCGCUUGAGCCCACCCCCCUGCUAACAUGCUAAUGUCACAUUUUAGCACUCCUAAGUGCUUGUAACUAAGGAAAAAAAAGGACAGUGACUGCACGCUCUCAAAUCAUUCUCAUGGAAUCAUUAUAAGCCACGUUUAUUGGUGUUACAUAGCACGCUUGAACCACUUGAUCUGGGGGGUGGAGCUUUGUGUACAUGGAUUAAAAUACAUUCGAAUCAUCUUCUGCUCCACCUACUUAACCGUUACAGACUGAAUCUUGACAAAAUGUGAGAAAUCUUACCUUUGACAUGUCAUACUAGCAAAAUUAUUAUUAUCAUUAUUUUUAAAUAUAAUGAAAAUCUUGAGUAUUGUAGCUUGAUUAUGUCAAAAUUUUUUAUGUCAACUGGGUUUUUUUUUUUUUGUUGCAGUUUGCACACUGCUAAACUGGUAGAUACAUUUGCAUCGUAGCUGUAGCACAAAAUAAACCAAGCACACUUUUUUUUUAAAAAAUGAUUUAGAUUUCCCCAAUUGUAAUAAAAGGAAGGGGGGAGGCAGUUUUAAACCCAGCAUGAGAUUUUAUUGUCACUUAUGUAAAUACACUGGAUUGUGUCUAUAUUUCUUAUGAAUGAACUUACUUCAAUCCAUUUAGGCAAUAAAGAGAAUUAUUUUGGU